AUGUCGGGGAAGAGAGUUUUCACCUCCCAAAUUCUGAAAUAUUUUAUUGUUAUCGUACUUUUAGUGCUUCAGGGAAAUUUUGGGAGCCUUGCAUGUUCUAGUUUUGUCAGAACAGAAGGAACCCAUUUCGUUCUGAACGGCAAGUCCUUGUACUUGAAAGGCUUCAAUGCAUACUGGAUGAUGUACAUGGCAUCUGACCCUUCGACCAGGGCCAAGGUCUCUACUGCUUUCCAACAAGCUUCCGAGAAUGGGAUGAAUGUGGCAAGAACUUGGGCUUUCAGUGAUGGUGGUUUCAGGCCUCUCCAGUCUUCUUCUGGUUUGUAUAAUGAGGAUGUGUUCAGUACAGUACUCACGAGAAAAAACUCCAUUACCAAGAUGUUAUAUAAAGAUGACCCUUUCAUUUUUGUAUGGGAGCUAAUAAAUGAACCUCAUUGCCAAACUGACCCCUCUGGCAGAUUUAUUCAGGAAUGGGUGACAGAAAUGGCAGCAUAUGUAAAGUCCAUUGAUGAGAAUCAUUUACUGGAAAUAGGGCUGGAAGGAUUUUAUGGGAAAACAACAAAGCAGAUGUACAAUCCUGGGAACCUGCUUGUUGGGACUGAUUUCAUUUCCAACAAUCAGUUACCCCAAGCUGAUUUUGCCACCAUCAUUCAUCUCUACCCUGAGCAAUGGUUAGCGGGUUCAAAUGAUGAGGUCCAAGCUGCUUUUGUGGAUAAAUGGAAUGAAGCGCACAUUGAAGAUUCAAAAUCAGUACUGAAUAAACCACUCAUUCUGGGUGAGUUUGGGAAGUCUUCAAAGCUCGCUGGGUACAGCCUAGAAAGAAGGGACCAUUAUUUUAGUAAGCUGUAUAACGCCAUCUACACCAACGCUAGGAGUGGAGGCCCAUUUGUGGGUGGAAUUUUCUGGCAGCGCAGGGCCCAAGGAAUGGAUAAUUUUAGAGAUGGGUACGAGGUUGUAUUGGAGGAUAGCCAUUCAACAGCCAGGGUGAUCGCCUUACAGUCUCACCUUCUCUCAAUUCUCCCAUGA